ACCCCCUGGCGUCCCAUCAGAGUCCAGAGUGGAAAGAGCGCCUCGGAGCGGGGGAGGGGAGCCCUUGGCGAGACUCGGGCCGUCGGGUUGCGGCCUUCCCACAGUGUCUUGUCUUCACCCUGCCGGGCUCUCGUCUUACGCAACUCACGGCCGGAGAGCUGGCACUUGGUGUGCUCCGGUCACAGCCAUCGCCGUCCUUCCCUGAGGAGCCCGUCCAAACCUCAGGAAGACUCGCUGUCGCUAGCAGAAACUGAGGCCCGAAGGGCGAGGCUGUCUGUGUCUUGCUCAAGGCCGGUUUGCGGACGCCUAGCCUCCCGGCCCCCAGCUCGAAGACGCGGGCCCGCCGUGGCCCCUGGCCAGGCGCCAGCCACUCUGCAGUGUCCGGGAAUGGACUUCCGAACCCCCGACCUGCUGGAUGCGUGGCUGGAGUCCCCAGAAGAUGUUUUCUCAACAGGGACCUUCCCGGAGCCGGGACUGCACGGCCCACCUCCGGAGGCCCCGGGGACGAAGCUCCAAGAACAGGGGCUGCGAGGCUGGGAGCCCAGUGGGGGCCGUGGCUGUGGCCUUCGAGACAGUGAGCCUGAAGACUUCCUGAAACUUUUCAUUGACCCCAAUGAAGUGUACUGCUCAGGAGCCUCUGCUAGCAGCGACAGUGGCCAUCCAUCUGAGGACCCUGGCCGUCCAGACAGGCCUCCCGCCCCUCAAGCACCCAGUCCCCCUGCUCUCUAUGAGGUGGUCUAUGAGGCAGGGGCCCUGGAGAGGACGCAGGGGGAAGCUGGGCCAGCUGUAGGGUUCAUCUCUCUCCAGCCAGGUCAGCGGAGCCCACAACUGACGGUGCCUGAUGUCUGCGUGGUCUGCGAGCUGCCCUGUGAUGCUCACGACACCCUGCCCGGAGCAGGCACUGUAAACCCAGUGCCUCCUGCGACCCUGAAGGCACGCAGGGAGCAGCCUUGUGUGGUGGGAAAGACAGGACCCUCCCCCACUGUCCUCUCACCCUCUCCUGUUCUCCACCAGCUGCCCUGUCAGACCUUGUUCCUGACAGAAGAGGAGAAACGUCUGCUGGGGCAGGAAGGGGUUUCCCUGCCCGCACACCUGCCCCUCACCAAGGCAGAGGAGAGGGUCCUCAAGAAGGUCAGGAGGAAGAUCCGGAACAAGCAGUCAGCUCAGGACAGUCGGCAGCGGAAGAAAGAGUACAUCGAUGGGCUAGAGAGCAGGGCCGCUGCCUGCUCUGCACAGAACCAGGAACUGCAGAAAAAAGUCCAGGAGCUGGAGAGGUGCAACGUCUCCCUGGUAGCUCAGCUCCGCCAGCUGCAGCUGCUGGCUGCCCGGACCUCCGACAAAGCUGCCCAGACCAGCACUUGUGUCGUGAUCCUUCUUUUUUCCCUGGCUCUAAUCAUCCUGCCCAGUGUCAGCCCCUUUCAGGGUCUCCGGGAAGCUGGGCCUGAGGAUUACCAGCCUCAUGGAGUGGUUUCCAGAAAUAUCCUAAGUCACAAGGACAUGACAGAAGGUUUGGAGACCACAGUAGUAGAGUCCAGACCGGGGGGGCCACUUAAGACCAAGGGUGAAAAUGGCUCAACAAGGACACUGCUUGAGAAGAUGGGAGGGAAGACAGGCUCCAAUGGGCACGCAGGAGCUGUGCUGCAUGCAGAAGAGAUGUGAACCCACCUGCUUCCCGGCCACAAGAGGGAAUCCAGGAUCCCUUGUGGCUCUUGUUCCCCCUGGGUUUCCCAUUCAGAAUUCUUUGGCUUCAGGGGUCUGAAUCAUUUCUGGACGUCCUAAAUGUCUGUACCCUGAGGCACAGGCUACAUGAGGCAUUUCAAAUACUUUAUACAUCUGCAACUUUAUUUCUUCUUUGGGGUUAGGGUUGAGGGGAAACAGGUUUUGGCUGAGAAAUAAACUUUUUUGCUGAAAUUG